AUGGUUCCAUGUAAUGUGGAUAUAAUGGAACUGAGAGCAAUUUUAUUAAUCGCAUUACACUUACGCGCUGUCUUAUCAAAGAAAUACAUUUCUUCCUCCGACGAGAGCAUUGAAAAUCUAAUCUAUUACAAGGAUUGCAAUCAUAAACACGCGACUGUCCCUCCUCCAAUUGCUAGAGCGGAAGUGCGUCCACCACCUCCUCAGCCUGAAUGCCCCUUCCCUAAAAUGUGCUGCACCAUGAGCUGUGGUAACGAAUGUGGUAAUAAUCAACAGCCAUUUAUGAGCAGACAAAUGGAGCCGCUGCAGGAUUUAAUGCCACCCAAGCAAGCAUCGUCUCGUCAACCACAUUCGCCAGCGCAACCUCAAGUCCAAAGGCCUAGAAAGAAAAAAGGGAAGCAGCAACUGAAAAUGCAACCGCCAAUAGGAGGGAGAAGAGAGUUUGGGUUUACAAAAGAACGUAUUAAGAGUUUGAUCGCUCAAGACGAUGAUAUACGGAAGAUCUUGAAGGACCUGGUAAGGGUUACAAUGCAAAAAGUGGAUUUGUUAGAGAUGAUCAACGCUAGAAGAAAUGGCAAUGUUAAUAUUGAAACAACAAACAAUAGUGAUGAAGAUUAUGAUGAUUAG